AUGGAGAACGACCGUGGCGAGAUCGUGGACCUCUACGUCCCCCGCAAGUGCUCUGCCACCAACCGCAUCAUCAAGGCCAAGGACCACGGCUCCGUCCAGAUUAGCAUCGCCAAGGUUGAUGAGAACGGCCGUGCCAUCAGCGGCGAGAGCCACGUCUAUGCCCUCUGCGGUUUCGUCCGCGCCAUGGGCGAGUCCGACGACUCCAUGAACCGUCUUGCUCAGCGUGACGGUCUGUUGAAGAACGUCUGGAGCGCUCAGCGAUAA